AUGUACGCCCUCGUCGCAAAUUCCUUCAAAACAACCCCUGCGGUCCGCCGCAUCGUCCCCUGUGCUUUCUACCACCCAAAUCAUGCCCUGCACGCACCCCAGCCGCAAGCCCACUCCACCACAAAGGUCGACUCGUUCUACGUCAACCCGUCGUUCCCGGAUGACUCGGAGACGCCGCCGACGAUGACGCAGCACCGCACUUCAAUCCAUGCUUCGUCUGAGUGGGCGGAGAAUAAUGCGACGCAGAGUGAGGCUGAUGUCAAGGCAGAUCGGGGCGAGGCGCAGAAUGCAAAGAUCGAGGAUAUGAUGCAAACUGAGGAGCCGAAGAUUGAUGAAAUGUGAUGGUG